AUUGUCUUCUGCGUCGUUCGUUUUUCGUUUCGUUUUUACCCCACCGCUUGUCCGCCAUCUUGGCACGAGCAAAACUUAACAGCAGAUUGCUGGAAGAAACUGUGUGAUUAUUUCCUCUUUGGAGAGUGCUUCGACAAGAAACAACAAUAUGGCUAUGUGUUAGAUAAGAUGCUGUGUUAAUUAGUGCGGGGUAGGACCCUCUUAGCCCUACGUCGGGCUAGAAUUUCAACAAAUUUCUUGAUCGGCUCAGCAGACUACCGGGCUCUUCAAGAUGAGCACGACGAAGUUAUCGUUUCGUGCCAGGGCUUUGGAUGCCGCCAAGCCUAUGGCCGUUUUCAUGGCCCAUGAACUGCCAGAUUUACCGGAUUUUACGAUUAUCAAUCGUGCAGUCCCUCAAAUGCCAACUGGCAUGGAAAAGGAAGAAGAAACGGAACAUCAUCUGCAACGUGCCAUUGUCACUGGCUUGAUAAUUCCCACUCCAGAAGUGUUCCAAGUUGAUGAAGCAGGCUGCUACAGUAGAUGUUAUCCAGGAGAAUGGAAAGUGCCAAGAAAUCUUAUUCAUAUGCAACGUAUGUACACCAUCCUAACUGAUCAUAUUUUCCUGAUAAUGAUGCUAAUGUUUACAUUUCUGACAGCAUUUACAAUGGAACAAGACAUUCCAGACUACGACAUGGAUUCAGAUGACGAAAAGUGGAUUAAUUCUCAAGCAGGAAAAUUGGACAUUACUCCUUUACAGUUUGAAGAAAUGAUGGAUAGAUUGGAAAAAAACUCUGGUCAAACUGUAGUUACCCUCAAUGAGGCAAAAUCAUUAUUGAAACAAGAUAAUGAUUACAUAAUUGCAGUGUACGAUUAUUGGCUAAACAAACGUCUAAAGAUGCUCAAUCCGUUGAUUCCACAAGUGAAGACGGAAAAAUUCGGUGGAACCGGUUCCAGUGGCAAUCCGUAUAUCGCCUUUAGGCGCCGAACCGAAAAGAUGCAAACCCGUAAACAUCGGAAAAAUGAUGAGGCUUCCUACGAAAAAAUGUUGAAGUUGAGGAGAGACCUGAGUCGUGCGUUGUCCCUUUUGGAUAUGAUUAAGAAACGCGAAAAGUUCAAGCGAGAAGUAGUCCACUUCGGAAUCGAAGUGUACGAGAAACGAUAUCAGCUCUCUGAUUACUCUGGACAUGUCAUCAAUGAAUUAACCUCCCAAGUUAAGCAGCAGCCUCGUCCCAACUCGGCGCCAUUGUCGACCAUCCAGAGCUCCAACGUUUGGGCCAACGCCAUUCCUCCUUUGACUGGAAACCUUCCGUCUAUACAGAGUAACAGAGGACGAUCUUACAAAGAUGAGCUGCUUAUUCGAAAAGAACGCCGAAACUACCGGAAACGACGGCACAAGACUUCGACGACUCGUGGGGGACUAGCAUCAGUCGGAGUUCCCGCACCAACAGCGUCAACAAUAUCAGCAUCGGUUGCGUCGUCCACUCGUGGAAUGAGUUGUUUCAGUGAUGGACCUUCUGCCAGUUCGGAAGAUGAAGUAGAGAGCGCCGUCGUCGCCUCUCACAGUGAUGCCGACGAAGCAGAAUCUGAUAUUGAGAAACAAGGCCCGUUUACAUUUCGGCGGAAACUACAUUGCAAUUACUUGGCUCCUACCCAAGUGUCGAGUCCGUAUCCAUGCUACGGCCCAGAAGACGGUGGUUUGGCUGACAAGCGAUUCCGCUUUUGUUUAACUUCGCUCGCGACACCUCAGCCUCGUUGCAUAGGGUUAACUCGAAGGCGAAUGGGACGUGGAGGAAGAGUGGUUCUUGAUCGAACUUAUUCCCCGUUGGAAGCUGCUUGGGGUAGUGUCGGCGAUAUGCCCAGUCCUCCAACUGCUUCUGAAGACUUGAAGGAAGACAUUCGAACCAAUUGGAGACAUUUUAGACCAAGUUCACCUGCUGAGCAACAGAUGGAGUCGAAUUGUGUCGAACCCCCCAGUAGCAAUGCUGUUGGUUCUGUUGAUGUCAGUGCGGAUGACAACAUCGAUCAUUACCAAAGUGUCGAUUCUCAGACUCUCGACAGUUUGUUUUUCGAUGCGGGUCUUGAUGGCUUCAGGGUGCCGCCAAUUGAAUACAGUCCGCCGUGUGUUACCAAUUCAAAUUUCAACGUCAUUGGCGAUUCGACGACACCUUCGGUUGGCAAAAUGGAUCUGGACUGGUGGAAUUAUUUCGAUUCCGUCGAGCCAGAGGAUGCCGCAAACGAUACCAGUCCGCAGGAAGUGAACGGCCAGAAAUCGUACACUUCGCUUCACAUGAACGGAGUGGGAUCACCUUCGACUGCGACCGAUUCACCGUUCUGGAAAAUUCCCAAGAGUGCUACCCUGCCUAACAACGAUUGUUCCAUGGUCAACCCGUGCUUGGGCGAUUUACACACUGCUGAAGACAAGGACCAAAAUAAUCAAACGGUGGUUGAUUUUCUCUUGAUCGACUCUACGUUUGCUAUGGAAGUCACGUGACUUGCAUCUGAUCCUGGCGGAAAAUUCAAUCCUGUUUCUCUCAUCCCAUUUCUUUUUUCUUUGUGUCAUUGUAGAUUGUUCACAUCGCCAAUGUUUAUUAUUCAUUUUUUACUCAGGGAUAGUCUUCAGUUACUUAUCCGUAUUCUCUAUGAGAGUUCGCUUAUGUAGAAAGCGUCAUGUGUACAUUUCUCAUUCUAACAGUAACGUGCUCCAUUUUUUUUUCUCUCUCGCGUAAAUGUUCGUUUAUUUAAAGGGCAACCGAUCACGAUCCGACUUGUAAAGCCAAGUUCGUGCAGGUUCGAUGAGAAAGCAACAAAAAAAAAACAGGGCCUUUUCGGUGGCGGAUCAACCAGCAAAGUUUGUCUCUCACCUCAUUGGCAUCGGAUGGUGUGUGCGUGCGUGUGUGUAAGCCAGUAGGGAUUUCGUCAUUUUCUUUUUUGGCCGUGAAUUUAUCUUGUUUUUUUGCAGCCACUUUUCAUUGCUUUCCGUGGAAGCAUGUCGGCUUGCCAGCUGGUUCUCAGUGCGACCACGCUGGUGUCAAGUUUAACCGACCAACGCGUCAAUUGGUCCUCAUUUGUUUGUCGGCAAUCGAGUUGAGACUUGAUGAAAUGUUCCAUUUUAAUUUGGAAAGAAACCCCCCUCCGUGCGAAAUGCUGGAGCCUCUUGUAAAGUACAGCCUCGACAACAAGGCUGAGUGUGAUAAUUUGGCUCCAAGAAAAAUUUUGCUUUUUUUCCGCAGUAAAAAAAAAAUUUCUCCCACCCCCCAACCCCACACCUCCCCCUAAUCUAUCUCCGAUUCGUUUUGUGUAAGCUGCAGCACCGUCGUCAUCGAAAUGGGCUUGAAAACAAACAAAAAAAAACAAGAUGUUUCUGAAAAGCGAAAAUUUUCGUGAAUGUACAGUGUCGUUCGUGUGCGUGUAAAUACAUGUAUUUUGUUGAAAAA